AUGAUUAGUGUGGAUUGGUCACCGAGCAGUGAUUUGUAAGUUUUGGAAACUGGCUUUUUACAAUUUUACGACCAAACUUUCACAUAGUCUUAUCACCUCCGAUUCUAAGAGACCCUGGUCAAACAAUAUUCAUUCCAAUCUUGGCAUGCGUAAUCCCCCUUACUUGUAUUUGGUUUUCCGAUUAACCAAUGCAUACGCGACCUCUCCCUCAUCAGUAUUCCAAAAUACAGACACGAAUCUAAUUCUGAGUCAAUGCAAAACAUCUAGCAAAAAAAAAACAAUCGGGUCGAUAGAGAAGGGUUCUUUGCGUUUUUUUUUUCCUUUUUAGGUACUCUCGACCUAAUCCACUUGGUCAUUCAAACGGUUUUCCGCCCUGUCGGGAACCCCUUUAUCCCGCUGUCAGCUAGUUCCCGCAGGAUUUCGGUUAAUGAAACAAACGAAUAUUCAUUCUUCAUAGAAAAGGAGCCUCGCUUGACUCGCACAAAGACCCGAUCACAAUGACACAUCCAAAGUGGCAUUCUGUAAAUCGAAUAAUUCCUUUUAUUCCCCCAUUCCCAGAACGGGAUCGUUCCCGCAUCCCGAGUCACUGUCUUUUGUCCAUGGAAAAACAAUAACAGUAACCUGAUGUCAGGGAUAUAAUUCUUGUUUGAUUGCAGAUUUGAUAACGGGAUCCAUAUAAGAACAAUAUUUGUUCGAUUAAACGAUCUUUUGAAGUUCAGGUGUCCGAAUGGAUUGAGUUUACAGAUUCAUUUGGUAAGUUAGUAGAACCCUGUAGCUGACAAUACUUGUUUAGAUGAACUCUCUGGAUGCCCUAGAAUGCAGAUUUCAAAAUGAUAAAUCAGCAAUCGGAUUCUGUAGUCCGGAAACUACCGAUCCUCGAUUAGUAAUCAGGAAAUUUAGUCCAAUGCCAGAUCAGCCCCUGUUCCAAGAAAAAGAAGCUUAUUAUUUUGCAGGUGAGUGAGUGUUAAUCGUAUUCGAUUAUUCUAAAAUCUGCUUGAAAUGAGACACCGCCACUGCCGAGAAAGAGAAAUCUGCAUGAGUCCGGGGAUAAUCUCCUAGGAGGCAGCUGUGAGUGAAGGGCGGGUUAUUAUAUUAUAUUAAUAACCGGUCCGAUCUGACCAAUUUCCUACCCUGAAGCUGUUAUGUAAUUAGUGUGGCCCCUACUCUUGUUUACUAAAACAUUUUUUGCACUUUGCAUAAUGCCCCCUGCCGCGCAUUGGUAUGUAGAAUCAAUAAGAUCUCAUUUAAUUUGACCCAAAUAUGGUGCGAACUAUAAACAGGGUGUCCCUUGCUGCGAUAAUUUGCAGUCUCGGAACGCAACAAACCAUGCAAAUUUAACUUUUGUGAUCUAGAUAUUUUCUCGAGAAUGUAUCUAGCACUCGAGCCAAAUUGGUUUCGAGUUCUUCGUAAUGCGAGACGUCAUUUACUCACCGUUGCGUCAGCGCAAUAUUAUUUAUGACCUCUUAAUUGAGUUCCAAUCACCAUUUCAGCUGCUACCAAUGACACUUUUGGCCGAUUAAACGACGGAUUAUGUCGCAAGGUCGGGAUGAGACUAAGGAUAUUCGUAUUGCCGAAAGAUGCAGUUGGAAGUGAUCUUCCCGUUAUGGAUUUGACUCGAUCACUUUGGCUCCGAGAACAAAUCAAAGAAAGCGAAGGAAAAGAAAUGAUAGAAGCAAGCACAGCCUUUACUACAACAACACAUUCAGUUAGACGGAUACAUCAUAUGAAACCACCAAAAAGGGAUCCGACCCACAGAAGUCAGCCGACUAGGCACAUCACCGCAGAAUCUAACCCUGAUGGAUUAAAAUACGACGUUGGCGAACGAAAGAUAACGACCAACGAGAUUACGGAGUUUAGUCAUCUGGGAAGCUUGCCCAAUCCCUUGGCCAAUCAUCUCCCACAACUUGAGUUCGAAGUUGGAUAUGAAGACGUCAAUGCUUCCCCUUCAAUAAGUAUGUUUACCAUCGGACCGUGAGGAUUGGGGAAUUAAAAUCGUUCUUUUGCCGUUUUGGCUAGCCAAAAUAAUACUUUGUCAGCCCAUCCUCACAAAAACGUCAUUUAUAGUCUUUUUCGGUCUUAAAUGCCCUUAGUUGACCCACCAAGAAACACAUGCUUGAUGCCGUUUCAAAAAAAUUCAAAAUUUUGGACCUUCAGCAGGGGUUUUAACAUCGUUUCGGAGCCAAUGAAGAGCAUCAAUGGGUAAAGCGAAUAAAAAUGGAUCAUUUGUGAGGAUGGGCUAGCAAAGUAUGGUCUUCGCUAGCCAAAAACGGGAAAAAUAAUUUUAUUUUCCCCAAUUGUCAUUUCUUUUAACGGGAGUUAUGGGCGUUAGAAGAUGAGAUUUUUUUACCAAAUUACCUUCCUCCACAUUUACGGACUUUCAAAAUUUGGAUAUCUAUGCCCUCCGGGUUUCACCCUUAGGAGGGUUUUUUUCAGUUUUUUUGAUUCCAUCCUAUUCUACACGAAAUUCUAACAAUCGUAAGACCUCUGAACCCGGACUUGCCACAACUAUCUUUCACCGUUCCCGAGAUACGACUGAUUUUUGGCAUUUUUUGAGAUUUUUUUUUCACCAUGAAGAUGGCGGAAUUUCUUGAUUACUGCCACAUAUUCGGUAUCAAACAAAACAAGAGGGAGGCCUGAGGAUUAAAGGAAAAAAGAAUCUUCAAAUUUUAUCAAAAAAAUAAAGUUAUAGCCAAUUCAAAUCGGGCCACAAAAAUGGCGCAACCUGUAUUCAAAUUUAAUGACUGUCCUUUCAGGGGUGUACAAAACCAUCGUUUCUCUUCUACUACUGAGGAUAUUCUUCUAA